GAGGCGCGCUCACGUCAGCCGGCCCGUUCCCGCGCUGUGCAGUGGACACGCGCUCUCGAGGGAAACUGGCUUUUGCCGAAUUAGUUUGUUAGAUUCGUGCAUUGUGUAAAACAGUGUGAAGAAGUGCGACAGUGGCAUAAGUUUGCAAUGAAACCCGGACAGUGAGGGUCGUCAGCGGCGGGUUUGAUUGGGUCAGAUGGAGAGUUCGUACGGGGGUCGUCCCAAACACACUGCAGUUGGAGAGUCGGGCGGCCGGUCCGUGAUGAAGAGGAAGAGCGCGCACAGGCACAAACACACACACCCCGUGGGCCCGUCCUCGUGUCCCGGUGGCAGUGUGGUGGGCUGUCGGAUCCGGCACCGCUGGAGGGAGGACGGCUCCGGGCCGCGGUCGCGCUGGACCGGGACGGUUCUGGUCCAGGUGUCGGUCAACGCCUCCCUCUACCUCAUCAAGUACGACGACGUGGACUGCGUGUACGGCCUGGAGAUCUUCCGAGACCCGCGGGUCCAGGAUCUGGAGGUUCUGCCCGGGGAGAUCGCCUCGUUCCGGGUCAGCGACACUCGUCUGGCGGACCGGCUCCUGGGGCGGCCCGUGGUCCACCUGUUCGAGACGGACGGCGGGUCCAAGGACGAGUGGAAGGGGCUGGUUCUGGCCAGAGCUCCCAGCAUGCCUGCGUGGUUCUUCAUCACCUACGAGAAGGACCCGAUGCUGUACAUGUACCAGCUGAUGCAGGACUAUAAAGACGGAGACCUGCGUAUCCUCCAAGAGUCCGAGGAUCCGGCUGAGGUGCGGGAGCCCGGAGAGGUCAGCGAGUCGCUGGUGGGGAAGCAGGUGGAGUGCCAGAACCCCGAGGGCACGCAGAGGAUGGGCACCAUCAUCCAGCAGGUCCAGGCCAAACCCUCCGUCUACUUCAUCAAGUUCGACGACGACUAUCACAUCUACGUCUACGACAUGAUCGGAUCGUGAGGCGUCCUCGUCAUGUUCAAACUCACUUUAUAUACACUUUAUCAGAGUAAACACGCCUGUUCUUCACACACACGGAGAUGUGUUUAUAACACUAGUUGUGUUGGACGUGUGACGGACGGCCAGUUCAAGUCUCUGUUUUGAUUAUCGUCUGUUUUCUAAAAAGUCUCUCUCUCUCUUGAGAUCUUUAUGUUCUGUGUGUUAAUUAAAAACAUAAGCAGUGCUCUUCACAUCACUGUGUUCCUGUUCAUUAAACAAUCAAGUGUGUGACUGCA